AUGGACCAGCAGGCUGCGACUCUGCUGAGCACUCUCAAACGUCCAGCUGCUCCGUCCGACUCCAAGAUCAACCAGCUGAACGCGCUGAAAUCCGACAUCAAACACUACCGCGUGCCCGAGACUGCGCAGUCAACCAUCUUCGAAUGUAUCCGCCUGGCCAUCACCCAGCAGGCCUCUGCGACCCUCGCCAGCACCGCAUUCUCCACUCUUGGCCAUCUCCUCAAGCGCCUGAAGAUCCAAGAUGCAACCGGUCAAGCAAUACGUCAGCUUGCGCCGAAGCUGUUUCCUGCACUCCAAGAGCGAAUGGGCGAUCUUCGUGAGCCUGUUCGCAAUUCCGCAUCCCAAGCUCUGACUGAGCUGUACUCGAUAUUCCAGACCGAUGUGGAGCAGAUUGUGCUUGAGGAGGCUAUAGGAGGGAAUAAUGGCCGCGCAAAGGAGACCGGGAUGAAAUGGGUGUUGACCAUGCACAACGAGCAGGCAAUGCCGUUCAAGGCAUACGCCUCAUCAAUCGUCGCACGGUUGGAAGAUGCUGAUGGACAAGUACGCGAGACGGCCAAGACGGUGUUGAUUGAGCUCUUCAGCAACGCGCCAGACCGAGCCAAGACGGAUUUAAAGAAGCAAUUAAUAGCGCACGGCGUACGACUUUCUAUUGCAAGUCAAAUUCUGACCGCUUUGGAGUCUGGUUCGAGACCCCAGGACAACGAUACCGACAUGAGUGCUUCUACAAGAUCACUACCUGGCGCCGAACACAUUGCGCAUUUCGCCGAGGAAUUGAAGAGCGAGGCUGCGCAGCCACCGCCUCCAGAGAUUGUUCCUAUGGAUCCGAUAUACGUACAUACCCAGAGAGAGCUGGAAGAUGUCUUCCGAGAGAUGCACCCACACUUUGAAGGGAAAGAGACGGAGCAGAACUGGAUGCUGCGUGAUAAAUCUGUUCUCAAAAUCAGGCGGCUGCUCAAGGGCAAUGCGGCGAAUGAGUUCCACACUGUCUUCAUGGCCGGUGUCAAGAGCUCGAUUGAGGGUAUUCUCAAAGUUUCCAUGUCUUUGCGGACGACAAUGUCAUCCAACGGCUGCCAGCUGGUGCAGGAACUUGCGAAAACUUUAGGACCUGCGCUGGAUCCUCAUGUUGAGAUUCUCCUGCAAGCAUUCAUCAAGGCGAGCGCCGCCACGAAGCACAUCGCGGCUGAGAACGGCAGAAUCACGGCGGGUAGCAUCUUCCAGAAUUGCUCGUAUCACGUUCAGAUGAUGCGGCAUAUCUGGCAAGCCGCGCAAGAGAAGAACGCUCAAGUAAGACAGUACGCACCCGAGUGGUUGAUGAUUGUUUUGAAACGUCAAUCGAGCUACAGAAACAGCUUUGAGAAUUCUGGUGGCCUCGAGCUUGCGGAGAAGUGCAUCAAGAAAGGACUGGAUGAUGCGAAUCCGAAGGUGAAGGAGGGAAAUCGUGUCGCUUACUGGGUUUUUGCGAAGACUUGGCCUGACAAGGCUGAGGCGAUUAUGUCAAAGCUUGAUCCGAAGAUGAAGGCCGCGCUUGAGAAGCAUCCUGGAAACCCACACGCAGUGCUCCAUGCAUCGCAUCCUGCAGUCGCACAGGCUGCGAGACCAGCCGGCACAAACAGCCGGACGGCGCUAAGGGAGAUGCUGGAAGAGAAGAGGAAGGCAAAGACCGGCGGCAGAGUGCCACCUAGACCGAAUUCUGCAAUGGCGGACAUCUCACCAGUGAAGAACACGAGGUCAACACCUUUGAACGGGAGCACUCGCGCACCUUCGAACCUGUCGAAAGUCACAAACCGGACCGUAUCGACAACAUCAAAUGCAUCAUCCACAGCCGCGGAUCCGCCUACAGCCACCAAGAAGGGUAGUUCCCUCAUGUCUGGCCCAGUACGACGGCCACGAAGAGCAGAUCCGCCGCGGCCGCAGACUGCAGACCCGUACAGCUCGAGAAGGUUGCUUCGACCAGAGACGCCUGCGAGUAAUGCCAGCCCGGCUGGCAGCCCGGGGAGAGGCACUGGCGCUUCCAAGGCUUCGCUCGCGACAUCCACAACUAGCGCUGUUAGAAACAGAGCAAAGGUCGAUGCCACAGCUGGGAGUCCUGGUGGCAGCCACUCUGCAUCUGUUGACAGCGGACUUCCCACACUGGCCGACGACGAAGGCUUCACAAUGGUCAUCCCGAAUCUGAAUGGCAGCCAGUCCCGCGCCCGCUCCCCACUAGCAUAUCGCAACCCUAUGAAGGCCAUGUUUGAAGAUGCUCGUGAGCGAGUAGGCAAGCUCUCCCCCGAAGCCCAAAAAUCCAUGCGCAGAGCUCUCGAAGAUGGAGAUGGCAGCGAGCAGCAACAAGGCGGACCAGCCAAACCCUCCACCCCUCAAACCGAAGAAGUCCAAAUUUACGAAGACCCCUUCAUCGAAGACGGAACGCAACCCGGCGCCCAAGACGAUCGUCAAGUCCUCGGCGAACUCCCCAUCAACGAGAACGUUCGCGCCGACAGUCCUGCACAAAGCGUCGGCUCCAGCGCAAGCCCCGUCGACAGUCCCGUAAACAACAACGACAACACCUCCACCAACAGCGCAUCCACUCCUACCAUCCCCUCCCAAGACCGCAGCGACGUCCUCCGCGACCGCCGCCUCCUCGCUUCCGCCAUCGAACGCAUCCGCACCAAGAACCUCGACGCGCACGGUUUCCGCCGCGUGCAAGACCUCGCGCGGUCGAAACUCGACAUCUGGGAAGCCGGCAAGAAAUUCGACGAGCUCAUGUCUGUGCUGCUCGAGUACCUCCGCACUUUCGACUCGGAUGUCAAACUCACCUCCCUCCCCGCAUCUAAAUCUUCCGGUUUGAAAACUCAGGCGUUGGGACUCGUGCGGGCGUUGUUGACCAUCUACCGCAAACAUGCUGCGCCGUGGUAUGCCAAGUCGCUCGUGACUGUCAUCGCGUGCAGAAAGGGCGCGGAUCCGAACAGCCAUGUUCUUGCGGACAUGCAUCGCACCACCGACGUCAUUGUCUCUGAAGCAAGCCCCGAAGUCUGUGUGGACGCUAUUCUCGACGCCCUACCCUCUCUCACCUCUAUCGACAGCUCCUCAGUCAUCGCCAUGGCUCUCACCAACCUCCGCCAACUCCUCCUCACCGCCAACACCCGCGACGUGGAGCUCAGCAGCGAUCGAAGAGGAAAGAUGGCGCAAGCCACAGCGAGGUAUCUCGGAGACGCGGACUCGGAAGUGCGAAAAGCGGACGUCGAACUGGCGAGCGAACUAUUCGAAACCUUUGGCGAAAGCAAAGCGGAAUUUUGGAGCGAGUUCAAGGGAGUUGAGGAAGGGAGAUUGGGGUUGUUGACGUAUUACAUUGCGAAGAAGGGGAAGAACGGGGUGAAUGGGGUCGUGGCGUGA